AGGGACAUUGAAUGCGACAUUGUUUCCUGUUUAAGGGUCUAUCGACUGUACCAGCCAAACCAGCACUUUAAUGUAUUUUAUGUUGGGGCAUUUUCUCCACACUCAGUAUGAAACUGGCUUCCUGAGCUUUGGUCCGAUAAAAAGCUUACCGGCAAUGUUUUGGGAAUAUUUCGACGCGGCUCCACGCCUCGGGAAUUCAGCGGGCGGCACGAGCGAGUGAGAGACAUGGACAACUCGGUCACCCUGUGGCAGUUCCUUCUCCAGCUCCUACUGGAUUCCAGCAAUGACCAGCUGAUCUGCUGGACCAAUGAGGAAGGGGAGUUUAAACUGCUGCAGGCGGAGGAGGUGGCCCGGCUGUGGGGAGCCCGCAAGAACAAGCCCAACAUGAACUAUGACAAACUCAGCAGGGCUCUCAGAUACUACUACGACAAGAACAUCAUAAAGAAGGUGAACGGCCAGAAGUUUGUGUAUCGCUUCGUGUCCUAUCCUGACAUACUCAAAGGAGAGGUCCCUACCCAAACGGAGGGCGGCGAUGCGGGCGCAGGGGGCACCCCUCAGCUCUCAAAGCGGGGCGACGGGACCCCGCAGGAGGGAGAGUCCGGUGACCGCAGCAGCACAGCCGCUCUGGGCUCCAGCAACAAGCAGUCGAACCGCAACGACUACAUCCACUCCGGCCUGUACACCUCCUUUACCCUCAACUCGCUGCAAAACGGCCGCCAGCUCUUCAAGUCCAUCAAAAUAGAGAACCCAGCGGAGAGGUUCUCCGACAAGAGGGGUCCCGCCGCCUCGGCCCGGGAGCCGUCGCCGCAGCAGCCGCCUGCGUUGCCGUCCGUCAUCAAGUUUGGGAACACUCCUCCGAAGCUGGCGCCAGCGCAGCUGGCUCAGGCCGCCGUGGAGCCAAGCCUGGUGUCCAACUACCUGGAUUCCCUGCGAGCUCUGCCUCCGAGGGCCGGGGACAUCCGCCCACACUCCUCCCUGACGUCCCAGGCCGUCUACUUGUUCGAGCACGUCCGCCCGGCGGAGCCCGCGUUCGGCCUGCCGGACCUGAUCUCGGCCAGCCCGUCGCCGAGCCUCGUCCCCGACUCCUCCCAGGAGCUGGUGAUCGACAGCGACAUGGAGUCGGGAUCUUCUCAGCCCGCAAACAAUCAGGCAGCGGAUCACUCCGACGCUCAGGCCCAUGAGAAGCCGGGCAGUGACGUGGGUUUGUCUGGAGACGAGGCCAGUCUGCUCGACGCUGAGACCAGCUCGUCGUCACCGAGCAGCAGCACCACGCUCAGCACUCUGUGCCUGGGGAAGUCCCGCAAGCCGCCGAAAAUCCUGCAGAUCAGCCCCCCGACUCUGCUGGUCACCGCCUCCGACUUCUCCCCCAUGAACCUCUGCAGCCCGUCUCUGCCGACAGCCUCUCUCACACCAGCAGUGCUGCAGACUCCCACUCUCCUGCUGACCCCCAGCCCUCUGCUGUCCAACAUCCACUUCUGGAGCACGCUCAGUCCAGUGGCCCCCGUCAGCCCGGCGACGCGACGCCAGGGAGCCCACCUGUUUCAAUUCCCGUCCGUCCUCAACCCUCAGUUCCAGAUCCCCAUGCACAGCAUGGAUGGGACCAACACGCCCGGCCCCAUUACCCCAGACCCUCAGAAGACAUAGGGCCCCCCCCCGUCACACACACUCACACACUCAGACAGACGCACACCAUCCCUUACGUCAAAGACUAAGACGUUGGAGCUCAGUCGUUGGCAUUCCUCAUCACUUUGGUGCUCCCCGCCGCCGAGGUCACACUACAAUCAACCAUCAGAGUGCGGAGGGAAGCCGGAGCCCGACGGUAACCAGUUUGGUUUGUUUUUGGAACCUUUGCACCCUGUCGGACACCGUCCUGCACUCCACACAGGUGGCGCAUGUGGAUCGGACCUGCGGCCACGUCAAUCUGCUCGGUUCGUGGACACGCAGACCAGACGUCUAAAUCGUUCCUUUUAUAGAAUUUCCUUCUCGUCUUGUGUGGCAGCGUUAAUGGAACAAACAGACUUCGGUUUGUUUCUGCUGACGAUGCUUCUGUUCCUUCUGUGCUCCGUUGUGUCGCUUGCAGCGUUGGUGAAGUUGAUGUUGUUUUUUUCUUAGAAUCUCAGAUGGAACCUUCAAAUCAAUGUGGCUAAACUCUCGACAGUUUAGCCUUAACCUUUGUCAAGCCUUAGCCAUUGGACACAUGUCAAAAAGACCCAGAGCGCCUCCCUUUCCCUAGAAGCCAUGGAAGGGUCACAACUGUUUUAUAAACGACUUUUUAAAGCCAUAAGUAAAAAUAAAACCUACUUGUUUACAUGACGCUAGGAAAGAAAACACAGGUUUCUUUACCCAAGUGUCCCUUUCUAACCCAGGGAUGGAUGACCGCCCCCCCCCCCCCUCAGCCUGCAGUCUGUCACAUUGAUAUACGGUGCCUUAACACAGCCGAGGUUUAGCUCCGAUGUGGAUGGAGUUUUAUCAUUUACACAGUACACACUGUCUAUCUUGAUGCCAUAUCUUUGACCAAACGAGAGCCCCACAAAGCUUGGGGCUGUUUUAUUGCACGUCGCAGGGCAUUCGAUGCGCUGCAUUGCAUGAAUGUACAUGCAGACAAUAUGCAGAGCGCGUGAAUCUAAUCGGGCCACGUUCUUCGAGUAGGCCGCCAUGUUUCACAUCGCUUACGAGUGAGUGACUGCAGAUCUACUCAAAGUAUAUAGAUAUAAAACCAUUGUGUUAUCUUUGUGUCAUCUUUCACUUUCCUGUAACACCAAUAAUAUAAGAUUGAUUUCUAUUUUUGUAACGGCCAGAUGGUUAGACGUUGAGUAUUUUGGGCUCCUCUUCGUGCAUGUGUGUUUCCUCAUGUGGUUUUCCUCUGGUGUAUUCGGGAGGCGACUGCCCCACGCUGGCAUUGGCCAUUUUUUGGGAACCAAGGCCUUAUGGGGAGGAACCUAAAUCUAUGUUUUAUAUGUAAAAUGUUUUGAUAGUGUCGAUGUCGUACGUGCAAAUGUCGUGAUGGAGCGUUUGCACUAGUGUUGGAUUCUGUCGCUUUUCUACGACUCUGAUUUCCUCUUUGAUCUGCUUACUGAGAUAUGUAUUUUUUCCCAAAGAGAGAAUAAUGUUAUGCACUUCGUAUUUUAUACAGUAAAUCUGACCUUUUACAAUAUAUAGCAAGCCAUUGAAAAGAUUUGUGAUUAGGCACUACCACAAAAUAUUUAUUUUUUUGGAUUUAUACUAAAGCCCAAUAGAAUUGGCAGCUUGUAUUGCAUUUUUGCAGUAACUUUGAGCAACUGUUGAAUGUUGAUUUAAUAACAAGAAUAGCUAAUAAACCCCCCAAAGCCCAUCUGAACCGUCCCUCCACUCGGUAUUUUAUUAGUAUAUUUCUUCAUUGUACAUCCUGAUGAUUUUUUCCCCUCAACUUGCCCUGAAAUGUAAAAAUCUCCUUUUGAAAAAGAAAGCUUUUACUUUGUUCUGUUUGUUCGAUGCUUUUUCAGAUGUUUACAAGCUGCUUGUCUUAAGUGGCAUAUUGAUGUUUGAGAGGUGUAGAAGACUUGUUUAUGACGGAAGAGACCAGUGAGACCAAUAAAAGAUCUCUUCCAUAA